GAUUGUUGCAAUGCCUCUUGAUGGGCCACUAGAUACACUGAACACAGAAUGACUUGAUUGCGCUGGUAUAUCGGCUUUCUCUGCGAUUUCUAUCACAUUUUAUCUAUGAGUUUCCUCCGUCGCCGUGUAGAUUUCUCUUCAGCAAAGUAGGAGACAGGAAAAACAAGCAAAACCACAAAAAGUGCAACUGUCUCCCCUCAUAUUUCGAAAGGUUUGACAACGGCUCUGCGACGCUGUGGGGUUUGCAGGAAGCAACUGCACCUUUUAUCCCGAAACUUCAUCUGGUUACGCUAAUAAUAUACAGUUACCUGUACACGUUGCAACUUAAAUAUUACAGUAGGUGAUUUUAAGCUAUCACAAAUUAUUUAUAAGUGGAUGAAAAGGAUAUUUUAACGUCAAUAGUGAAGGUGUAAUUACUUAACACUUGCAACAUGGCUGCUGCGGGAACGGCAGUGAGAAAAGUUUGACACUGACGUGGGAGAAGUUUUAUGCGAAUGCUAGUUGGUAAAUGACUUGUGGGCCAGAUAUUAAAGUCGUCAACAGUCUUCUCGAGCCUGGCAACGCUUUUCCCGAACCUACAAACCAGUGGAUAAACCGUGUGAGAGCCUCCUCCUCUGUAGUCACCGCCGACAGUCUCUGCAGUGGACUUUGUGGUGAAACUGUGGUCUCUUCUCCAUCGUAAGCUGUUGUGGCGUUGGAGGACUUGUCAGGCAGCAGGCUGUGUUUUGAGCUAAAAUGCAUUUUUCCAUACCCGAAACGGAGGUUCGUUCGGGAGAAAAUGGAUCAACCUAUGUGGCCUACAACAUCCAUGUAAAUGGCGUGCUGCACUGUCGUGUACGCUACAGUCAACUUCUUGGCCUCCAUGAACAGAUAAAAAAAGAAUAUGGCAGCAAUGUGGUGCCUGCAUUUCCUCCAAAGAAGAUAUUUACUCUGACUCCUGCUGAGGUCGAACAGAGACGAGAACACCUGGAGAAAUACAUGCAGGCUGUGCGUCAGGAUCCCUUGCUUGGAGCCAGUGAGAUGUUCAACAGCUUCUUAAGGAAAGCACAGCAGGAGACGCAGCAGAUUCCCACAGAAGAAGUUGCUCUAGACAUCUGCCUCUCCAACGGUCAGAAGGUCACAGUCAACAUUCUGACUUCAGAUCAGACGGAGGACGUCCUUGAUGCUGUUGCAACAAAGCUUGACCUUCCAGAUGAGCUCGUUGGUUACUUCAGUCUCUUCCUGGUCCGUGAGGGUGUGGAUGGAGGUUUAACAUUUGUGCGGAAGCUGCAGGAGUUUGAGCUGCCUUAUGUAUCCAUUACCAGUUUGCGGAGCUCUGAAUUUCACAUACUCCUACGGAAAAGCUACUGGGACAUGGCGUACGAUGGUGAUGUCAUGGACAACAGAGUUGGCCUGAAUUUGCUGUACGCCCAGACAGUGUCUGACAUUGAGCGAGGCUGGAUACUUGUCAACAAGGACCAGGACAGGCAGCUCAAAUCAUUGCAGGAGAAAGGCUCCAAGAAAGAAUUUAUCCAUCUAGGUCAGACUCUGAAAUAUUAUGGCUAUAUCAAGUUUGACCCUUGUAUCACCGACUUCCCCGAGAAGGGCUGCCAAGUCAUCGUCAGUGCCGGCAACAAUGAGCUCAACUUCCACGUCAAGUUGCCCAACGAACAGAUGAAGGAGGGAAGCUUCAAGGUCACGCGCAUGAGGUGUUGGCGAGUCACGUCUUCACAAGUCCCAAUAGCCAACGGCACCACCAAUUCCUGCAGCUCGUCCAAAUGUGAGGUCAAACUGGAGCUGGCCUUCGAGUAUCUGAUGAGCAAGGACCGCCUCCAGUGGGUCACCAUCACCAGUCAUCAGGCUAUCAUGAUGAGUAUCUGCCUUCAGUCUAUGGUGGAUGAAUUAAUGGUGAAGAAGUCAGGUGGCAGCAUUAAGAAGAUGCUGAGGAAACGACACAACGGCUCCAUCCACCGGUCAGACAGUCAGCAAGCUGUGAAAUCUCCCCCUCUACUGGUGAGAAAUGGGAUAGACUCCCCUGACCCGAACCGUGAACAAAUCGUCAAACUCUCAACCAAGCUGAGCUCGGUGUCCCUCCGAGGGAUCAGCGCCUCCAACUCAGCAAAUGAUAUCAGCGGCAAUGAUUUCCAUGGCAACUAUGCUUUUGAGGGAAUCGGGGAUGAUGACCUGUAACCCCAGAUUUGCCCUCCUCCCCUAUUCAUUCCAAUGUCAGCGACUGGGACGACAAAGAUAACAAGCUGAGCUGAGCCGAGCCGAUCGGGCCACACACGCCUCCGAUUCUGCAAGAUUGUAGCCUCUUCCUGGAGAAAUUGCUGCCUUAAGGUCUCAUUUAAUCUUUGACCGUGUCCUUUCUUUUAGACUCUAAAAGCUCAUCUUGAUUUGUAUUUUAGUAACACUCAUCAUAUUCAAUUGAACCGUUGUCCCUAUGUUAUUAACUUAGUGGCAACAUACAGUAAAUAGCAUGUAAAGCUACAGGUACGCAAACAGGGAUGCUUUUUGUUUUUGUAUGUUACUGACAAAUUCCUACUUCAGUUUCAUUCACAUUGACUACUGUUCCAUCAACAGUAGAUGUGAAUUUUUAUAAUGCAGUUAAAUUCAUGAGGUACAAAGUAAAUUAAUAUAUAUUAUAAACUACAUAAAGAAAACCUGCUAGAUCUUGGAUUCUUCCCCCAGUGGCUGCAUGUUCCUUUCCAACCUGAGAGCCAAAUGUUUAGUUAGACCUGGCACUAGUGAUAAUGCAGCACAACUGGACAUGGAAAGUUCUCAAAAUGACCCAGAGUCCAGUGAACGUGUUGAAAUUGAUCUCAAAACUGUAGACAUCUCAGAGCAACUGCUUACUUAUAUGGAUGAUCAAUGUUUGGCUUGGCUAUAUACCAAAAUGUCAUGUUUUUAUACUGUUUGUGAUCUUCUGUGUGUCAUGCUACUCAUGUGCCAAGUCAGUAAAUAUCUUAGCAGGAUACCAGCAUUUUUAUUCAGCUUACGUUUGAGGCACAGUCACUCAUACUGCCUUCAGAAAUAGUCUGAUGCCUUCAUUUUUCCUUUUUCGCCUCGUGGGUUAACUCGACAUUGGUUGAAGCUUCAAAUAAACGUCAGUGUCAGCCAGUGUUACCUAGAAUCUUGCAGAACUUGAUAGAUGGUUGAUUUGGCCGAGCUGCUUGCACUUGCUAAACCCAUCACUUUUGCACAGUAUUACAGUACAGAUGGAGAUGAAUGUUCGAGUGGAAGCUUGAGCAUGACCUUAAACGUGGAGAAUUUUUUUCCAAGGGGCUUUGUAAAUCCAUCUAUGAUUUUUUUUUUUUUUUUUUUUAAACCAAUUUUUUUUAAAGGUUUCUCAUAAUGCCAAAUUAUAGUUUACUAAAGCAUUUUGCACAAAAUAAACAUAAAAAUUAUGACAAUGUCACUUUUUAUAUUAUGUACAUUCAAUUAAGUAUUCUGAACAUUUACUAAUAUCUUUAUCAUCCAUAGCUUAUUGUAAUCAAAUAGAUCAAAUGUAAUCUAAACUGUAUAGAACAAAAAGUUUAAAUGGACUAACAUUUAUUAUUGUUUACAUAAUGUUUAGGGAACUUUAAUUAGUUAAAAUGUAAAGUGUUUACAAAUUUUGCAUCUGAUUUUCUUUGUCUAGUUCUUUUUUUGGGCGAGUGAUGGUGUUGCGGGGCGCAUUCUUUGGGGCUUCAGUUCAUCGUAAUGUGUAUGUACAUUGUGCCAAUCAUCUCAGAGGAUUUAGUUGAAAAGGUGCUUUGGUGAAGUGGCUAAUGUGAUCACAAUUGCUGGAGUGAACAAAGUUCGUGGAGAGCAGGCAACAAACUGAACAUAUCCCGCUGUUUUAUAAGACGUCAUUCCAUUUUUUAUUGCUGUUGGCAUCUGUUGAGCUGCAUCUCGGCGUGUUUUGAAGCCUCUAAAUGUAAAUCGAUGCCAACCUAUCAACAGCUUUACUCUCACUGGUAGCCAGAACUGUACACGAAAUGUUCUCAAUAUAAAUGUCUUGUUCUUUCACUGCUGUGCUUUUUCUGUUGUCUUAAGUUGUAUUUACAGUAGGGGGAUGUGGACACCACUCUUCAUUUUAAUUUUCUUAAUUCCGGUCAAUACCACAACUUACAUGGAAGCUGCAAGGUUCUGGGUGUGUAUAAAUGUGUAGGUACCUAAUUGAAGUGCAUUUUUCAUCAGCAUCACUUUUACAGAAAAUGUCAAAUUUCAUGAUUGUAUUGACUUGAUUCAUUCCGCUACUUUUCAUUUUGAUUUUAGUGGUAAGGUCGGGGACAACUGUCAUGAUGCUAAAAUAAACUCUGAAAUUAGGUCACAUUA